UUUAACAGAAGAAUGAUGUUAAAAGACGGAAGAUCUGAGACUUUUGCUGUUGAAACGAUACAAUGGAUUGGAGACAGUGUUACAGUGCAUGGAAACCAGACAUUUUAUAAAGCAUUCUCUUUAAGAAAUCAAGUGACAAUGAAAAGUAAACUUUAUAGCUUGGGAGACGUUGUCUAUGUCAGGCACAUGGAUGACUACGAACGAAUGAGUUUUUUAGAGAUCUACAUGUUGUGGGAGUUAAAAGGUGUAAAAUAUCUUAGUGUCAGAGCCUACUACUUUCCUGAGGAUACAGUUGAAGGAAAGUUCCCUGAACAAGGCCAGGACGAAGUGCUUUGUUUGGAAGGAGAAGUUGUAAUGACUUGCAGAGAGUUUCUACAGUUCGUAGCCAACACUCAUCCUGAAUCAAAAGAUUUACCAGAACCGAAGAUAUUAAGUUUCCUGGGCUAUUGCCGGAGUUGUGCUAUGAGAAGGAGACUAGGGGAGCGGCUAGUGGACUACGUUUCACACCCGCUCUUUAGCGCGCUGGGUGGUGUUCAUCCCCGCUUCAGGAUCUUAUUUUGUAGAGACACAGUUCAAGAUAGGGAGCUUUACAAGCUGUGGAAAUGUCAGAAUUAUUAUAGAGAGGUGCCAAGUAAAAAGCACGCUUCUUCAAGAAAGAGGAUAAAAAUUAACCUAUCAGAAAGCAAUGACGACAGCUCAAUCUCAGACGCUGGGGAGAAUCCGUACAAAGCUAAUGGUAAAAGUAGAAGAGGUAAGGGGUCGAUACGAAACUCAAAAUCAAACUGUUCUCGCGCGUCAGAUAAGCAACCAGCUGUUCAUCCGAUAACAGAAAUAACUGAGGAGGAAUGCGAGGUGGAUGUUGAAGACACCAAAAUACAUACAGUAAUUAGCUCUUCGAGAGUACUGGCAAACAAUACACCUCAACACUCAGUACAUCGUCCCCCUGAACCCACCAACUCGGCCCUAUUGUCUCAGAGUGCUGCCGGAGGACAAUCCAAUCUUAUGCCGAAUGUAAAAGAUAUAAAGCUACCAACCAACUUCCUUUCGACUCAGACUACACCCCAACAACUUGACAUAAUAGUCAGACAACUCUCACACGAGCUUACACGCAUUCAGGAAGCGAAAAACACCCAGAGAAAAGUGAAGUAUUUAAUGAAACGGUGACUUUUUAACUGUUAAAUUAUCUGGAAUAUUCUUGAAUUUUAUUGGAUUAUUCCUUAUUUUAGGUUCUUAUUUCGUUUAUUGUUGCUAUAUAUCUCUUUAAACUACUUUUCAUUUAGAUAGAGGAUACCAAUUUUAUCCUACGAUUUUGCUAUACAGCACAAUUUACUAUCAACUUGUUUACAGUUAUUAUUUCAUUUUAAUUUAGAUCUUGAGUUAUUCUGAAUUAUGAUAUCCUACUUAUUUUUCUUAUUUGGUAUGAAUGAGAUUUUUGUCGCUUUAAAUAAAAGAUGGGGAUUUGUCGAUUUUUCUUUUUAACGUAAACUGUAAGUUUCAGACUACUUUCCUUUGUAAAAACAUUUUCAAGCAAUCAAGCUGCAUUAAAACAAAUUUUAUGAUUUCGUAUGUUGUUCUUAUUCACUGGUCUCCACGCAGAGUUAUACUGCAUUCGGCUAAUAUCAUUGCAAGAUAAUCUUGUCCAUUUUGGUGCAGAUUUUUGAUUUUGGUCUAAUGAAAAAAUGUAUAAAUCUGAUAAAGCUACAAUUCUGCAUAUUUUUGGAGUACAGAUAGUUUUUAGGGCUGCACUGUAGAGAAUUUUGCCAGAGUUAUUCCAUCCAUUGAUUCGAAAAUGUGACCUACUGUCAUCUCCAUGCUCACCCAGUCAAUUUAUUGAUUAAAUGACAAAAAUCAUGAGGAUUGUUUGAUCUCUCCAUUGCAAUGGUGCCGAUGGCAAAACAACGCCCAAUUUUUUAAAUAUCCUCCCACUUUCAUGGUGCCGAAAAUGGCAAAACAUGCCGAAACAACCAAAUUGGCAUUUGGCACUAAUUAUGAUGGCGAAUAUUUUGUAAUCUCCGUGAAAACAAAAUCAAAAAUAUCUGGAAUAAAUGGCGACGACAUCCUCAACCAUGCAAUGUCACUAGUGAGUGUAACCAGGUUCCAUUUUGAGGUUUUAAAGUUAUCUUUUUGAUCAGUAUGUAAUCACUAUCAUUAGUUUAAAUUGGAUGUUUUAAUAAGAGAUGUUCUAGUGUGAAUAUAAUGCUUAGCUAGUUUGGAUAUAUAAUGCCAUAUGGGGUCGUUCACAUAUUACGUAAUUGUUCAAAAAGUGAUUACGUAAUAUGUGAACGAUCCCGUAUGUCUAUUGUCUAGCAGAGAAAUGUAAUUUGAUUAAAAUGCUUUCUGGUGCUAUUGUUUAACUUUCUUUGUGAGAUAUUUGUGGACUAUCUCUCCCUCCUACUGAAUUUUUCACAUUGUUCUGUUUAAUUGAAGAUAAUUUGAUAGCGAAUUAUACAAUGGAAAA